CUCUCUUUCAACCUUCUCUCAUUCUUCUCACAUCUCAGCAGCUCUACUCCACACCAACAUGUUUUGUGCAAUUUCCGGUGAGGCGCCUGAGCAGCCUGUAGUAUCCAAAAAGAAUGGACAAGUGUAUGAACGCCGUUUGAUUGUAAAGUACAUUGAGGACAAUGGAAAGGAUCCUGUUUCGGGCGAGGAGCUCUCUGUGGAAGACCUUUUGGACAUCAAGACCACUCCGGGCACGGUUAGACCUCGUCCUCCUACAAUGUCCUCUAUUCCCUCUAUCCUCUCCGUACUCCAGAAGGAAUGGGAUUCUAUUAUGCUUGAGACAUUCACAUUGAAGCAACAAUACCAACAAGUUCGUCAAGAACUCAGUCACGCUCUUUAUCAACAUGAUGCAGCAUGCAGAGUCAUUGCCCGUCUUAUGAAGGAACGCGAUGCUGCUCGCGAGGCCCUUGCUAACGUUCAAGCACAUUUGGGUACACAGGCAUCGACGACUACAACUGGGGAGACAGCAGAUGUUGCUAUGGAGGAUGCUUCGGGAUUGUCUGCUGAGGUUCGUGAGAAGCUCGAGGCGACGACUGCAGUUCUGUCAAAGACCCGUAAGCGUAAGCCCAAUGUGACAGCAGAGGCUGUUCAGACCUAUACACAACGCAAGGUGUUCCCAGGACUGCAUGCUGCUCGGUCACCAGGUAUUACAAGUUUGGAUCUGGAUGCAAAGAAUGGACUAAUUUUGACUGGAGGCAACGACAAGAACGCAUUGGUCUUUAGCCAGGCAGAGGAGAAGGUCGUUGCAACAUUGAAGGGGCACUCAAAGAAAAUCACCCACGUCACAUGGACAGGACGUUCUGAGGAGGCACUUCAGGAUAUGGCUUUGACUGCGUCUGCAGAUCAAACGGUCAAGAUCUGGACCCCGGCAGAGAAGGGCAAUGGCUAUACUGCAGCACACACACUUUCGGGACACACUGCAGAGGUGACUGGAUUGUGUGUACAUCCUACGAAGGAUUAUGUUGCGACAGCUUCUAUGGACUCGUCAUGGGGUUUCCAUGAUCUUGAGACGGGUUCGACUCUUUUAUCUGUCCGGUCGGAUGAUGUGACGAAGGGAUAUUCCUCAGCAUCGUUCCAUCCAGAUGGUCUUUUGUUUGGUACUGGUACAACGGAUUCUGCUAUCAAGAUUUGGGAUGUUCGCACUAAAGAGUCUGUUGCCUCUUUUGAGGGUCAUGUUGGUGCGGUCAAGACGAUGACCUUUAGUGAAAAUGGAUACCUAUUGGCUGCGGCUGGAGAGAAUAAUGAAGUCAGUAUUUGGAAUUUGAGAACAUUGGAGAUUGUACAAAAGAUAAAGGUUGCGGACGAAGGUAUCAUCAAUGCUUUGGCUUGGGAUCAAUCUGGAACAUAUCUCGGAGUUGGAGGCACUGAUGUUCGUAUUUUCAAGGUCAAAACAUGGCAAGAGUUGGCUAAUCUCACUGAUAACACGGCUGAGAUUACUAGUUUGAAGUUUGGACCAUUGGGCGAUUAUCUUGUUACAGGUGGUUUGGAUCGUAGCCUUCGUGUCUUUGGUAUCAAGGAAUAAUAAUAUCUGUCAUGUCAAACUCGGGG